UUUCCUCUCUCGGUUAUUGCUCUUUCAAAUCUCGAACCUUCUUCUUUCCUUCUUCUCCUGGAAAGCGACAAGUCAAGUCAACGAUCGGUCCCUUUUGUCUCGAUUGCGUCGGAUGGCGAGGAGGCCCAACGGGGCAUGCGGGCGGCCGCUCUGGAUCCUCGUGGCGGCGGUGUUCGUCUUCUGCCCCCUCGCCUACUUCGCCCUGUACGUUUCAUUCCGACGCCCGGAGGAUGGCUUGUCGGCGUCGGCGGACGACGACGCGGGGUUGACGUGGAGGGGAGUCCAGCGCGGCGAGGAUUGCUGCAGCGGGCAGGAGCAUCUGGAGCUAUGGGGGAACGCCGUCAAAUGGGGCGCCGAUUUCAAAUUGAACUCGUCGGCUGAGUGCUGCCGCGCCUGCAAGGCCAUGUGUGGUAGUGGCGGGCCGUGCCGCUGCAACUCCUGGGUGUUUUGUGGGGAUAAGGGGCGGUGCGGCGAGAAGUUCGGGGAGUGUUGGCUGAAGAAACAAGACGAUGUUUUGUUUCCUUCUCUUCAUGAAUCAGGGGAAAAGGUGAUGUGGACUUCUGGACUUAUUCAUGGAAAAGGAGAGGGCAUUGUUGGUCUAGAAACAAAAUAUGGAACGAUUCGAAUCAAGCUAUUCCCUGAUUGUGCACCACAUUCAGUUGCCUUGAUACGCGAGCUUUUGGGAUUACGUCAUUGUUUAGGUUGCCAAAUUUAUCGUGCUGAGAGCCGAGGCCAGUCUUGGGACAGUGCGGGGAAUCACAUAUCUCAUGCUUCUUUUGGUCCUCCUCAUGCUUUGAUUCAAGGAACACUGGAAGCAGAAGGAUUUACAUUCAGUAAGUUACCACUGGAAUCAUCCCAUACAAUAAGGAGAGGUUCAAUUGCAUGGGUAGACUCUGGCCCUGAAUUCUUCAUUAGUUUAGCAAAUCACAUCGAGUGGAAAAGAUCAUACACAGCUUUUGGUACUGUUUUUCCCGAAGAUAUGAAUAUUGUUGAAGAAAUAGCUGAUCUUGAAACAAAGUCAGAUGUUUGGAACAACAUUACUGUGUUGGUAUUGGAAAGACCUAUUGACCUGAACCUCAAGAGAAUAACAAAGUGAAUGAAUGAAGGUGUCGAGUCUUUAACUGAACACUCAGCAGAUGCUUUGUGCUGGAACUUACAGAUUUUGGUCCAAGAAAUAGCUGGUCUGCUGUUUUGUUUCAGAAAACACUACAAGUAGAAAAUAUGUAUUGGGAAAAGAGUGAAAAGAAUCUAUUCAGAGAACAAUACAUGCUUUCGAAACCAUUGUUUCUUUGUACAGAAAAGAAAAUUGAAGAGUUGGCGACCAGCCAAAGAAUUUUUCUCUCCUAAAUUGUCCAUUAGUGCUCUCAGAAUUUUGUUGCUCUCAGGUUGUUCUCUUUUAUUAAAUAUGAUUGGAGAUAUCCCUCUUUCAUGCUUUGUAAAGGUGAAAACGCUUUUCAUAACUUGAGUACAUUCCUGCAAUCUUACUUUGCAUUUCUUCA